AGUGCCAAGAGUGCGCAGCGAGACGGGAAAUUGCAAAAGUCCUUGGCCCUCUGCCCUCCCCCGCGGCUUUCCCGUAACUCCCGCCCCUGGGCGCGCGCCCCGCAGCUGAUUCAUAGCCGGGGCGCGGGGCCGGCCCUGCACGUCCACACCCGCGCUCGCCCCCGCCUCGCACCGGGGCGGCAGCCACGCCGACGACUCAGCCCGGCUCGCGGAGCCUUCCGCCCGCGGGGAAACCAGAACCUAUGGCUCUCUUUGCAAUUUUUCAGACAACGUUCCUCUUGGCAUUGCUGUCCUUGAGAACUUACGAAAGUGAAGUCUUGUCUGAACCUUUACCAUUAACUCCUGAAUCGCUGAAAGUUUCUGUCAGUUCUACGCGUCAGUGUUUGCAUUUACAAUGGACUGUCCACAGCCUCGCUUAUCAUCAGGAAUUGAAAAUGGUUUUUCAGAUACAGAUCAGUAGAUUUAAAACAUCCAAUGUCAUCUGGGUGGAGAACUACAGAACCACUGUGAAGCGGAACCGAGUCCUGCAUUGGAGCUGGGGAUCCGAGCUCCCUCUGGAAUGCGCGGCACACUUUAUAAGAAUGAGGAGUAUGGUGGAUGACGCCAGGAUUCCCAAGCCAGGGUUCUGGAGCAACUGGAGUUCAUGGGAGGAAGCAGAUGCACAGAAUUCACUUGGACAUGAUCCAUUGUUUGUUUUCCCUAAAGAUAAGCUGGUGGAAGAAGGCUCCAAUGUCACCAUUUGUUACGUUUCUAGGAUCCAUCAAGAUAACAUAUCCUGUUAUUUGGAAGGUGUACAGAUAUAUGGAGAACAGCUUGAUCGAAGUGUGUCUGCAUUCGAGUUGAAGAACGUGUCUUUUAUUAGGAAAAGAGGGACAAAUGUCUUCUGUAAGGUGGACCAGGGAGGUGCUUUGGGAGGCAUCGUUCUCUUUGUCUCAAGAACCAAGAGCAUUCGGGAGAAAGUUCAGGUCAUGACCUGGACCACUGGGAAGAUGUCCUGCUUUGCGUUAGCCAUGCUGGAAUGGCUGCAGGCUGGGAGAGGGAGGAGAGGGGCUGCAGGCUGGAUGGCCCUAGAGAGACAGCCGAGGUGGUGGCCAGAAGACCCAGAAGUGCUUGAAGAGCCCAAGGACUUUUCUUGUGAAACCCAGGACCUCAAGACUUUGACCUGUACUUGGGAUCCCGGGAGCGACACUGGCUUGUCUAAACAGCCUUCCCAAAGCUACACUUUAUUUGAAUCAUUUUCCGGGAAAAAGACACUUUGUAAACGCAGAAACUGGUGUAAUUGGCAAGUAGCUCAAGACUCACAAGAAAUGUAUAACUUCACACUCGUGGCUGAAAACUACUUAAGAAAAAGAAGUGUCAGUAUUCUUUUUAACCUGACCCAACGAGUUCAUCCAAUGACUCCCUAUAACUUAUUCCCUAAAAAUGUUGGUGCCACAAAUGCCACCAUGACCUGGAAGGUACACUCCAUUGGAAACAAUUCCACACUUUUGUGUCAGCUUGAACUCCUUGCUGAAGGAAAAGUGAUACAACAACACAAUCUUUCCAUCAAGGUGAAUGGUGAGUACCUCUUAAGUGAACUGGAGCCUGACACAGAAUAUGUGGCCCGAGUACGCUGUGCUUAUACCAACCACUUCUGGAAAUGGAGUGAAUUGAUUAGUCAGAAAUUCAACACAGCUGAAGCUGCUCCCUCAGAGGCUCCCGAUGUCUGGAGAAACAUGAAGAUGGUGUCGGGACAUCCUACUGUGAGUUUAUUCUGGAAGCCACUUUCGAAAGUGCAUGCCAACGGGAAGAUCCUAUUCUAUAAAGUAAUUGUAGAAAAUCUAGACAAGCCAUCCAGGUUAGAGGUCCUCUCCAUCCCUGCUCCCGCCAGCAGCACAGAACUAACCCUCGAUCAGUGUUCUUACCAAAUCCAUGUCACAGCUCACAACAGUGUGGGCCCUUCUCCUGCUUCCGUAACUGUCGUUUCUGGAGACCCUGGAAACGAAGAGGUUGAAAGCGGAAGAGUUAAUGGCACAGAGGAUGGAUUUUCUGUGUCUUGGAAACCCCAAUCUGGAGAUGCCACAGGCUACGUGGUGGAGUGGUGUGAUGGUCCCCAGGACCUGCCCUGUGUUCUCCAGUGGAAAAACCUAGGCCCCAAUACCACAAGCACAGUCAUUAGCUCGGGUGCUUUUAGACCAGGGGUUCGAUACAACUUCAGAAUUUAUGAAAUUUCUGCAAAAAGGAUGGCUCAUUUAUUAGAGAAAAAAGCAGGAUACUUGGAGGAACUGGCUCCUUCAGACAACCCUCAAGUGGUCAUGAGUAACUUGACCUCCCACUCCUUCACUCUGAGUUGGAAGGAUUAUUCCACUGAAUCCCAACCUGGCUUUAUACAAGGAUACCAUGUCUACCUGAAACCCAAGGCGGGGGAGCAGUGCCCCCCGGCAUUUGAAAAGACAGUUCUUCCAGAGGAUUCAGUAUGUUGCAAACACACAACUGACAACCCGGAACAAAAGACAUUUGUUGUGGAAAACCUACAGCCGGAAUCCGUCUAUGAGUUUUUCGUCACUCCUUACACAAGUGUUGGCGAGGGUCCCCUGGAUGCCUUCACAAAGAUCACAACUCCGGAUGAAUACUCCCACAUACUGAUACGCAUCAUCCUGCCCAUGAUUUUCUGCGUUUUGAUCGUCAUGAUAAUUUGCUACUUAAAAAGUCAGUGGCUGAAGGAGAAGUGUUAUCCUGACAUUCCAGACCCUUACAAGAGCAGUGUCCUGUCAUUAAUAAAAUCCAAGGAGAAUCCUCAUCUAACAAUAAUGAAUGUCAGUGACUGUGUUCCAGAUGCUAUUGAAGUUAUAAACAAGCCGGAAGGGAGUAAGAUACAGUUCUUAGGCACUAGGAAGUCACUCACAGAAACUGAAUUUACUAAGCCUGCCUACAUUUACCUCCUUCCGACAGAGAAGAACUACUCUGGCCCUGGACCUUGCAUCUGUUUUGAGAACUUCACCUAUAAUCAGGCAGCUUCUGACUUUGCUUCUUGUGGACAUUUCCCAGUAACCCCUCAAGCCCCACUACAUCAGCUGGGACCAUUGACUUCACCUGAAAAUUUACUAAAGGCACUGGAACAAAAUUACAUGAAUUCCCUGGGAGAAAUCCCAGCCGGAGAAGGUAAUUUGAAUUAUGUGUCCCAGUUGGCUUCACCCACCUCUGGAGACAAGGACAGCCUGCCAACAAACCCACCAGAGCCAGCACUCUGUUCGGAGUAUAAAAUGCAAAUGGCCAUACCCCUGGGUCUUGCCUCUGCUCCCCCAAGCGAGAAUAGCAGCCUCUCCUCCACUACCCUUUUAGGUCAAGGUGAACACUGCCGCUAAGCAGUGUACCCAUUUCAUAUCCUUAUGCUACACAGACCCUAGGAGAAGCAUAGCCGGCACCAUUCCAUCACCAGAUACCUCGGGGCUUAAUCCCAGUGAGCUAUCAUCACCAUUGUCAGGUCUGAUUUAUAUAAUCUUGCUAGGUUUUGAAGGUCAGAAGCUAUGAAACUUAACAUUCAUCCUUGGAGCAGGCUCACCGUAGAAAUGGCAGGAUCGUGGGAACAGGCUCACCUUGCUGCUGCGUGUUCCACGUUCACCUUUAUAACAGCAGACUUGGCACUUGACAUAGGGAUAGACCCCAUCCACUCAGUACUGGACAGGUCCUUGAAGUUCAGUUUUUAGUGAGAAAGUAUUUCCAUUAAGUUUUACCCCACAUUUAAUAUCUUGAAGAGUAAAGGAACUAGAUUUCAGGCUUUAAUAAAGGCUACAGAAGAUUCGUUACUGGAGCAUAAAUUGUCAAUGUUAAUUUAUUCUGGGUGUGUUUAAUGAAGAAGUCACAGCUAUUUGAGACCAAAACAGAUUUUAGACUUGCCUUGAAGUGAUGAUAAUUUGUAGUUCAUUGAUGUAGUAAAAUGAACUCUUCCUAUUAGACCUUAUCUAAUAGGUAAGACAUGCGAAUGAAUCGACGAGAUCCCCACAAUUGUCCUUCUGUUUAGUUUACCACGGUUAAAGAGUGGGACUGGCAUGGAACCCCUGCCUCAGUGUCAAGAUUAUAGCACGCCUACUUAGUAGGCACGUCUUCUACCACAAUUUUUGAUGACUACCUCAGAACAGAUAAAAGGAAAAUGUCAUUAAUUCCAUUCACAUUUAUGGUUCCUCCUUUUUUCAAGAACUCUGAUAUAUAAAUGACCUAUUUUCAGUAAGCAUCUUUUGGACUCUGCAGUAGGUUGUCUGGGUCAAGAUAAUGCCUUCACUGUCUCCUUAUAUUUCUAUUAUGCUAACAUAAUAAAGUGAAACCUCAUUGUUGAACAUCAUUUAGAUAUAACUGCAAAAGGCUAAAUGGAGUGGGAACUCCUGUAGUGGCUCAGCAGCAGCUUUGUCUCUUUGAACCAAUAUAUGCAAAGCAUAUACCUGGUACAUAGCAGGUGUUCAAUCAUGCUAGAGUUCCUUUCUCUUCUUUCUGCCCGACAACCCUUAAUGUUUACUUAUCACACUUCUAAACAAGCACAAUUAGGGGCCCCUUUUUCUUUGUUGUGGUGGAGAUGGCGCUGCCUGUGCUUCUGGUACCGAAUGCCCUGUGCUGUGCCAUUCCACACUGUGAAGAAUGAGAGAGAAGGAGCCACAGCUGAAAGGAAGAUGGCUGUCAACUGACCUAAAUAUACACAAACCCGGACGUCUGUUCAGGCUUUUCAACUUUUUCCUUCCAUAUAACUAAGCCUUUGGCUGAAUAAUGGGCUAUGUACACCUAACAUAGUACAAACGAGUAUCUUGAUGAAGAGUUUUGAGAAGACUCUGGGGCCAGUAUUGUUAUCAUUUAGCCUCUUUGAGUUUGUCAUGACGCAAUUAUAAAAGUACAUAGAAACAUCAAUGAC